CAGCUGCGCACAUGUGAGCAGCAUCAUGUCUCCUCCAGGAGGGAAAAUCAACAGACCCAAAACAGAGUUGGGGAAGAAGCUUUUCAAGCGGCGGCGAGUUCUGAGCAGAGACAAGAGGAAGAAACAUCAGAUAGUCGGAGCCGUGGUCGACCAGGGUCUCAUCACCGUCCAUCACCUGAAGAAGAGAAAGUCGAGUCCGAGAGCGAACAUCACUCUGUCUGGAAAGAAGAGGAGGAAGCUGAUCAAACAGCUGCAGCACAUGCAGCAAGAGAAGAGCGGCAUGGAAGUUGAAGCAGCAGCAGCAGCAGCAGCAGCAGCAGCGCCGCCGAAGAACCAGGACUCAUCUGCUUCAACCAAGAAGAAGAAGACGAAGAAGACGAAAACCGGCGGGUCCAAACAGGACGUAGAGAUGGCCGACGUCGAGUGAAGCGACCACAGAAGAAGAAUGGGUUGUUUUUCAGGGCGGCGUCUCGUCGGGGGAACGCUUCGUCUCUUCGUCUCGCUGAAGUUUCUCUGAGCAAACACGACUAAGAGAAAUCUGUUGGUUCAUGUUUGAGUCACUCGGAGGGUUUAGAGAAAGAUAAUGAGACAAUAGACUCACUCACAUCAUUUCUGCUGUAAAAAGAGAAAAGAAACAAAGUUAUGAAUUCAUAAAAAUAAAUAUACUUUAAAGUCAAAACUGUCAAAAUUUGCCUUAAUUUUUAAAGAACUUAAUAAACUAGUCAGAACAAGUCAGACAAAUACAUAGAAUCAGAAAAUGAUGUAAAAUAUUUCUUUUUAAAGUCAAAAUGAUGAACUAGUCUAUUUUUCACUUUGUCCUUCCAAACGUUCUUUAUUAUUUUAUUUUCUUGGCGUGAAUGAGCUUCCGUAUGUCGAUGCUGUAAAAGGAAACUGAAUUUCUCUUUGAUCUGAUUCAGUUUUACAAAAUAUAUCUUUUUAUAUUUCCUGUGAAUCUGAACUGAUGGAUUAUUAUUUUUCAGAUGUGUUGUUCAUAUUCAGCCUCUUUAAUAACUGAUGAAGCUGCUCAUGUGAAGCUGGAUGAUUUCCUCUAAAGGAGGAAGAACGUGUUUUGUUUUUUUACCUUUGAGUCAAAAUAAUAUAAAGGUGAAAGUUUCUCUUGUAAAGAUCCUUUAGAUUCAUAACCAGGUUAUCUGCUCCACAAUCGUCCACUUUGAUUCAUUAAACAUGAUUUAUGACU